CGCACACGCACACACACACACACACACACACACACACACAAUAAAACGUUUGUACAUUUACAUCGUUAUCUUGGUUGGCUACUAUACGGCUUUAAACUGGGAAUUAAAAUAAUUGGUAUAACUAUAUAAAUACAUUACGAAGAGGCUUUGUCGGGGGUUAAGUGUCUGUGUCAAUUUUAAUUUUGUCACAUUGAAAAUCUUGGCACGUCCUCAGCUGCCAAUGCGCGUGCGCAGUGCGAACGAGCAAGCGCUGUCCAAGUUCUGAAUUUAAUCAGCAAAGCUGAGAGAGCACGUCCCUCAUUCCAACAGUAGCUGUUCAUCUUUCGAAACAAAUAUUCUAUUGCUUUACACAGCGCAUUUGUAAGGGACCUAACAAUUAAAAAUGUCACUUAAGUGGAAGAAAGCCGAUGGCUAAUCACUUAUAAAAAAAAAAAAAAAAAAAAAAAAAAUGUGUGGAAACGUUAUAUACACCUUGUAUUAGAUGUUGCUUUUGGGGAAAACAACGCUAUUUUGAAAAUAUAUAAAUAAAUAUGUACGUUAUACUGUAACGUGGGUAUCAGUCUUCCACUAAACUAUGAUCCUGAGGAAUGGCAUUCUUUUUUGCUCCUUCUCCACUUCUCACAAAAACAGCCUACAGUUUCUUGGUUGUAAGGAAAGCAAUGUUGACUCGUGGAUCUAACGAUUGACCAACAUUCUCCCAUGGAAUAAUUCAAAGAAGUGCGUUAAUAACCACCGAAAUCAAGAGGAAUGCAUCCACCGCUUGUUCAAAUCCUGACAACCUUGUUUGCAUGCUUCUUAGAGUCAAACAACUUCAGCAAACCAUAAAUACAAAUCACUUUAUGACCAUUUUGGUCAAACUCACUCUUGAGUUGUAUUGAUCAUAUUUGAAAACUAUAGGCUUUUUGGUUUCCAGAAGCAUGUCAAGGAAAUACAUGUAUGUUAGCUGACUUGUCACGCAAUUAGGUCCUGAAAACUCUUGCAAACUCUUCUUUCCACUUGAUGCUGUCAUCUGGUGACAGCCAAAGGAAGUACAUUUAAACACCUUUGUACAUAACAGGAAUCACUUGUGCUCUUUGGAUGGCAGUUGCUAAGGAGCAUGAUUCGAGAUCGUCAGCCAAAAGCUUCUCAUUGACUAUGUCUCCCUCAGAUUUCCUGGACAAAUUAAUGGGCAGAACAUCUGGGUAUGAUGCAAGAAUACGUCCUAAUUUUAAAGGUCCUCCAGUAAACGUUACGUGCAAUGUUUUUAUCAACAGUUUUGGAUCUGUCACAGAGACCACAAUGGUAAGUGUUAGAAUGCUGCUAGCAAAGUUUUUUUAUGCUUUUGCAAAAGAAAAUGUCAAUGUGUUAUUUAUUGUUCAACUUGCAGGUCCCCCUGUAAAUGUUACCUGCAACAUAUUUAUCAACAGCUUUGGUUCAAUAGCAGAGACUACAAUGGACUACCGGCUGAAUAUAUUCUUGAGACAGCAAUGGAAUGACCCCCGACUGGCCUAUAGUGAAUACCCGGACGAUUCUUUGGAUUUGGACCCCUCUAUGCUGGAUUCGAUUUGGAAGCCUGACUUGUUCUUUGCCAAUGAGAAAGGUGCAAACUUUCAUGACGUCACAACAGACAACAAGCUACUGAGGAUUUUUAAAGAUGGAAAUGUUUUGUACAGCAUAAGACUGACUCUCAUCUUGUCCUGUCCAAUGGACUUGAAAAACUUCCCAAUGGACGUACAGACCUGUGCAAUGCAAUUGGAGAGCUUUGGUUAUACAAUGAAUGAUUUGAUCUUUGAAUGGCUGGAUGAAAGUCCGGUGCAAGUAGCUGAUGGUUUAACCCUGCCACAGUUUAUCCUGAAAGAUGAGAAGGAGCUUGGUUACUGCACAAAGCACUAUAACACAGGAAAGUUCACUUGCAUUGAAGUUAAGUUUCACCUUGAGCGGCAGAUGGGAUAUUAUUUAAUCCAGAUGUACAUUCCAAGCUUGCUGAUUGUCAUUUUGUCUUGGGUAUCCUUUUGGAUUAACAUGGAUGCUGCCCCCGCUAGAGUUGCCCUGGGCAUCACAACAGUGCUAACGAUGACUACUCAAAGUUCAGGCUCCCGAGCUUCUCUUCCAAAGGUUUCCUAUGUGAAGGCAAUUGAUAUUUGGAUGGCAGUGUGUCUUCUGUUUGUGUUUGCUGCAUUGCUGGAAUACGCAGGGGUCAAUUUUGUCUCUAGGCAGCACAAAGAGUUUCUCCGUCUAAGAAAAAGGCAGAGAAGACAGAACAAGGAUGAAGAUGCCAUCCGGGAGAGUCGUUUUAACUUCAGUGGGUAUGGAAUGGGCCACUGCCUGCAAGUCAAGGAUGGCACUGCGGCAAAAGCAGCACCUCCAAACCCCCCACCUCCACCCCCUGAUGACUCGGAUACAAUUAAAAGGAAGUUUGUCGACAGAGCCAAGAGGAUCGACACAGUAUCCAGGGCUGCCUUUCCUCUAGCCUUCUUAAUUUUUAACAUCUUUUACUGGAUUACCUACAAAAUAAUCCGGAAGGAGGAUAUCCACAGGGAGUAGGCCGGCCAGCCUGCCUCCCUGGACUUGCGGAUGUCUUGUAUUGCCAAAAAAAAAAAAAAAUAUAUGACUAACUGAUAUCUGUUAUGUCUUACUGUUUCUUGAGUGACAGCGCCUUCAGUAAAACAGAUUUCGCCUGGAUUGGAAGUAACAGUAAAACAAAGUGGGAGAGUUCAAUAACCCCCACCUGUUUUCCAGUGGGUUUGUAGAACUAACAAAAAAAAUAAAAAAAAAUAAUAAUAAUAAUAAUAAUAAUAAUAAUAAUAAUUUCUUACAAACUACUAACAUUUACUCCAACAAAGGUAAAAGAUCGAUAUUGCGGAGUCAAUUUUUUAGAAUAAAAGUAAACAAAAAAAGUAAAAGUAAAAAAAAAAAAAAAAAAAUCUAUUUUUGUUUUUUGAAUGCUGCAGAAUAGUUGUGGUGACACAACACAGUCAACCCUUUCUAGUGAUUACAGUACAGUAUAGUACAGUUGAGAAUGGACCAAAUUUUACAAGUUAAUACAGCCUUUGCUAAAUUUGUAUUCCGAAUUCACUGAGCAUUCCAUUGCCAGAAGUAGUUAUAUGGGGUGGCAGUGGGGGUCAGGGGGUCUUUUUGUGUGCAGAAAUUCUUUCUUAUGGUAACAAGAAACAAAAAAUAAAUGUAUACUAUUUUGGUGGAUUUUAUAUUUUAUUUGGUGGAAUUGUGAAGGAGGUUUUGUUGAGAAAUCUAAAACACCACAUGCCAGUCAGAUUGUUUCAUUAUCAACCAAUGCACUUGCUUUUUAUAAUUUAUUUAGCUUUGUUUUAACAGUACUUGUAUAUGUUUCUCCAGGUGCCAAAUAGUACACUACCUGUUGUGCUUUCCUGCACCAUAGUAUUUACUAAAAAAAAUAUUGUUUUUUUUAAAUGGUGUAGUUUAAAACGAACAAACAAAACAUUAAUGGUGUAUACCUUUUUUAUUGGUGUAGUUGCAAUUGGUUUUGUAGGUAGGUCUGGUGUCCAAAAUGUUUACAAACCUAUGGUUUUAUAUCUUCUUCAUCCUCUAUUAAUCUGAGAUUUGAAAACUGUUUUGUGAUUCCAUAUCUUAUUAUUCUCAUUCAGUGCCAUCAAUAUGUGUUUACAAUGAUUGUACUGCAUACAGUAUUUUUAUGGAGGAUGUUCUUUACACAGUAUUAAAAGACAUAUACGAGAUUAUGCACUAAAGGAAUUUACAGUGUUAUAAUAAUUAUAAGUAUUUAUUUUGAACAAUUGAACAAUUCAUCUUUGUUAUAGUUCAAUAAAGCUAUGUGCGCUACCCAGUAA